UAGAUGUGACGGGAUUCCUGUGUUGAGGUCAUGUCUCCCAUAAGACAUUGCGGUGAUAAACAUGGUCUUUUCCAUCACAUUCGGUAAAGAAACUAUACCGAUUCUGUCAAGAUGACUCCUGYAGUAGAAAACCCUCCAACAGCAGAAGAAAACACAAAUGAAGCCAUUGCUUCUGGAACUGAAAGUGACAGUGACGAUGAAAUGCCAGAACUUGAAGAAGGUGAAGCCCAACAAACGAAUAUAACAAGUGACAUGGCUGCCGCUGCAGGUCUGAAUGAGGAGCCAGUCAGCAAAACUAGACAAAGUCGAAGUGAAAAGAAAGCAAGAAAAGCUAUUGUUAAACUAGGACUGAAGUCUGUUACUGGUGUUACAAGACUUACCAUCAGAAAAUCCAAAAAUAUAUUAUUUGUGAUCAACAAACCAGAAGUAUUCAAGAGUCCUGCAUCAGAUUUGUACAUUGCAUUUGGAGAAGCAAAGGUGUGUUUAUAUAUGCAAGAGUUUUUUUUAUCAUUACAAGUUGCUUUGGUUUUGAUUCAGGUUGACGAGACUGGAGUAGAAUCAAAAGACAUUGAACUUGUAAUGCAACAAGCUAAUGUCUCCAGAGCCAAGGCUGUCAAAGCACUUAAAAGUAACUACCAAGAUAUUGUCAAUGCAAUCAUGGAACUUACGAUGUAGGAAUUUCAUCGCUCGGAUAUAUAUUAAAAUUUUAAAACUUGUAAUAAAUUAGAACUGCCUUGGCGCCUUGACACACCACCUUCCCAGAACCUUGUACAGUUUCUUUGCUAUUUUUUGAACCUUGCUCAAAAACUUACAAGAAAAAUAAAAUAAUCAUGAAAGCCAA